GUGAACAAAUUUGAUAAGAAGGAAAGAAAGAAAGAAAUGGGAAGGAGAUGUAGAAUUUGGUGGCCGAAGCAGCUCUCCUCGACGAGAUCAGACUCCAGUUUGUUGCUUGGCUGGUUCAUUUCCUCUUCUUCUUCUUCUCUGGACGUUGUCAUAGCUUUCGCCUUCUCCGAUCCCCAGAAAACCCUUCAGGGAGUUGUUGAUGACACAAAUGCAAAGAUGUCCGUAUUGCUUCAGGGCAGGUCAAAGUUGUGUGUUGUGGGUCAGUUUGAUUCACUCGUUAAAACUGAACAAGAUGACCAAUGCCGGUCAUUCUCUUGUGGAUGUAACAAGCUCUGUGGGUCACUAGAAGAAGUGAAUAGGUAUUGGAUUCACAUGUUACGAGAGGAUCAACAUCUGUUUGGGAAAGACAUGAGUUGGGUUCCUAGAAUGCAGCACAUUCAUUGGAAUGGGGAGAUAGUGUCUCGAUGUCAUGUCCACCUGAUAUUUUAUGAGACUCCCAUCUUUGGAGCGCACCAUUUCUCAUUACAUCUUUGGAAUUCUUUGGACCAAGCAAAAACUCCCUUGAGAAAACCCAAUUGGGUUCAUGAACUCAACCAAAAGCAGCCACUUCUUGAUUUGGAUACGGUUAUUUUGGCCAUUAAUAGCGCCUGUGCCGCUGAAAAGGCUUUCAACAGAUGCUUGGGUGCCAAGAAAUCUUUUGUUGGCUUUAACAUUAUUUACUUGUUUCUUGGCUUCAUAUGGAAACUCUUUUCUGUGCUUGUAGCUUCGCUAUCCACCUUAUUCUACGCCAUCCUUCAGUUUCUGUAUAAGCUUCUGAAUUAUGCAUCAGACUCUUGGACAUACAUUAUCUUAGUAAAGGUAUUCAGCAGUGCAAGGAUAAAUAUGAGAAUCCGAUUUUCUCAGAUUGUUUAUUGGCCAGUUUUUCUUCAAGAUAAUGGCACGAGGUCUCAAUCAAGUGUAGAAAAUGCAGAGAAAGCGGCAUUGCUUAAGCAUUCCAUGUGGUCAAGUUUAGCUGUUGAUGCACUACUGGGGAACUUGAUUGGUCUGGUACUGUUGAAUCAUGCCGAAUCUAUUUGCAUAUUGGUUCUGAAAUUUGCCAGUGACGUCACCAAUGAAUUGCUGCGCUCUGGUUGUGUGUGGUUGAUGGGAGUCCCUGCAGGUUUCAAGUUAAACACGGAAUUAGCAGGAGUUCUUGGGAUGGUAUCUCUAACUGCUAUACAGAUUUGGACUACCAUAUGGAUCGCUUUGGGUUUUCACUUUCUUUAUGUCAUCAGAGGACUUGCCAUUUCUGGGAUCAUUUUUGGGUUGACUGUACCUGCUGCUUUGAUCAUAGACUUCAUUGCACUAGUAACAUUGCAUGUGUCUACUCUUCAUUGGUUGAUAUCCCUUCUGUAUUCAACUCAGAUACAGGCAUUAGCUGCUUUAUGGCGCCUUUUCAGGGGUCGAAAGUGGAAUCCUCUUCGUCAGAGAUUAGAUAGUUAUGACUACACCGUGAAGCAGCACAUCGUUGGAUCUCUUUUGUUCACACCAAUGCUGCUUCUACUGCCCACAACUUCUGUUUUCUACAUCUUUUUUACCCUUGUGAACACAACCAUCAGCUUAAUCUGUAUACUGAUUGAAGUCACUAUAUCUGUUAUUCAUGCUACUCCAUAUAUCAAAGUUUUCCUGUGGUUGGUCAGGCCAAGAAGAUUUCCUUCUGGGAUAUGGUUUGAAAUCAAAUCUGUUUGGAGUCAGGACCCUGAUUCUUGUGAGGAUAUGCCUGUUCCAAAUUCAUGGCACUCUCGUACAUCAACUCCUUGGUACACAGACAAAGCGCUGAUAUGA